AUGAGACAGGAAUGAAAAGCGGGAGGGAGGAGCCGGACGUUGGAUAGUGCGGCGCUCUGCGGAUCAGCCUGGUGGAUGUGCUCUGUAUUCGGCGUGCUGCCUGUCUAGUCCGGAAGCGAUCGUGGCGCUGCCGCCCCCUCAGGCCUCUUGACCCUCCCCCGCCCCGAUGCUGUGAAGGACCCCCGGCCUUCUUCGGAGCCUGCUGGCGCCAUGAACCUGCUCCCGGCCAACCCACACGGGAAUGGGCUGCUCUUCGCCGGUUUCAACCAGGACCACGGGUGCUUUGCAUGUGGGAUGGAAAAUGGAUUUAGAGUGUUUAAUGCUGAUCCACUCAAAGAGAAGGAGAAACAAGAAUUUCUAGAAGGAGGCGUUGGCCAUGUUGAAAUGUUGUUUCGCUGCAACUAUUUGGCUUUGGUUGGAGGAGGGAAAAAACCCAAAUACCCACCUAAUAAAGUGAUGAUCUGGGAUGAUCUGAAAAAGAAGACCGUUAUUGAAAUAGAAUUUUCCACAGAAGUCAAAGCAGUCAAGCUGCGAAGAGACAGAAUUGUGGUAGUCUUGGACUCUAUGAUUAAAGUUUUCACAUUCACGCACAAUCCUCACCAGCUGCAUGUCUUUGAAACCUGCUAUAACCCUAAAGGUCUUUGCGUCCUGUGCCCAAACAGUAAUAAUUCCUUACUUGCAUUUCCUGGAACACAUACUGGACAUGUGCAGAUAGUGGAUCUUGCAAAUACAGAAAAACCUCCUGUAGAUAUACCUGCUCAUGAAGGAGUCUUGAGCUGUAUUGCUCUAAACUUGCAGGGAACAAGAAUUGCCACAGCAUCAGAAAAAGGGACUCUCAUAAGAAUAUUUGAUACGUCAUCAGGGCAUUUAAUCCAGGAGCUGCGCAGAGGGUCUCAGGCUGCCAAUAUCUACUGCAUUAACUUCAACCAAGAUGCUUCUCUCAUCUGUGUGUCAAGUGACCAUGCCACAGUGCACAUAUUUGCAGCGGAGGAUCCUAAAAGGAACAAGCAGUCAAGCUUAGCAUCUGCCAGCUUCCUGCCCAAAUACUUCAGUUCCAAGUGGAGUUUUUCCAAAUUUCAAGUUCCCUCAGGCUCUCCCUGCAUCUGUGCCUUUGGAACAGAACCGAAUUCUGUCCUAGCAAUCUGUGCAGAUGGCAGCUACUACAAAUUUUUAUUCAACCAAAAAGGAGAAUGUUCCAGGGAUGUCUACGCUCAGUUCCUAGAAAUGACUGAUGACAAACUUUGACUGAAGUGAAGGAAGUAUAUGGAGGGGGGAAGAAUGUCCAGAUCCCCCUUUGGAUGAUUCUCCCUCUCUGAAAAGACUGCUUCUGAAUACCCCACAGUCGACAGUGCUGCUCAAGAUGGGACAGAUGAUCUUAAGAAGCCCGAGCUAAUGUGAUCAGAACAAGACGGGAAACUAAUAUGUUUACUGUCAACAGCUGGUUUUAAAUGUUAGUUUUGGUGGCUGUUCCUUCCACUUCCUUAAAAAUGUUUCAAUAGCCUGUGCCUAUUGAGUUUCUCUCUCGCUAAUUAAUCUGUGAAGCUUAGUGCCUUCCACACCAUAAGGCUGAAAGGAGAGGGAGGCUGGUUACCUGUCAAUCAGUUAGCAAACUCCUAAAAAUGAUAUGAAAAUUAGAGUUCUAGCAUCAUGGUGGUGGGAGAGACAUGCCAGACAACUUGGAAUAUUUGUACCAGCAGCUUCUACAUUUACAAAUGUCUUUUUUCCUCCUUCUAAUACACAGAAAGGCAUUGUAGCAAGUUUGCUCUGAGUUGCACUUGCUCAGGAAUAGAUAGAAUGCUCAAGUCCUUGUUUCCAUACUGUUAUGAAUAUGUAUUUGUGUUAAUGUCAUUUGUCAGAGGUGCCAAACCAUAUAUCCCAUGAACAGCAUUAAAUACUGUUGGCCCAAAUAAACAUUCUGCAGGGUAGGAAGUAAGUGGCAUAGGAUAACGUUGGGAGUUGUGAAGCUGAUAGUUGGUUGUCUUGAUAAUGAACGUAUCAUUCCAGACAGUUGAGUUUUGCUCAUUGGUGUGUUUGCAUUUUUGCUGUGUGAAGGGCCUACAGAAAAGCAAUCUGUGAUGACUGAAAGGAAGUAUUCUGUUCUGUACUUCCCUAGCCUGCAAAAUGAUGAUCUUUCCUAUCACAUUCAGCAAGCUUACUAUGUGUUCAGUAGGAACAAAGCUGCUCACGAUUUAAACCGCAAGUUAUCAGGCAUGCAACUGCAUUUCAGGUGUUUUGGAAAAGGAGGUAUGUAGACACUUAAUUUCAAAUUACCACCACCAUCCCUUUCAACAAGCACAACUUUGGUUAUUACUUCCCUUGAUAAUUUCACAUGUGCUUCAAAAUUAAUUGAAGUCUUAGUUCACAAAGUUGCAAGGUAUUCAAAUUCAUCAUUUAACUAAAACCUGUAUUCAGGCUUGUCAGUUUGCAUGUUGCUUUUAAAUGUGUAUUUAAUCAUGGAAGUUGUUUUGCACACCUUUUGUAAUAUUUUAAUUAAAGUGACUAAUUUACUGUA